AUGAGCAUACUGACAACAUCCUCAGCUGGUGGUUCCUCUUCGUCCACUACUAAUAAAUCCACGCCACCGUCUAUUACUAGCAGAUUUGGAGCAUCCACCACCAGCAAUAACACUGUUGUGCUGUCUCAUCAUGGUCGUAGAAUUCUUCAAAAUUUUCAUCUUGUUUGGCUCGAUGCUAAUAUCGAUGAGUCGAACGAAGACUAUAAACAUUCCUUAGGACAACUAAGCUCUAUCAUGGUGCCAAUCCGCUUAUUUGCAGAUGCUGAAGAAUGUACUAGAUUCCUUAGUAAAAUGAACUAA